AUGAAGUCCCAGAAGGCCCAAGGUGUCAAGCCAACUUCCCCAUCUGGGCGGCGGAAGUCUCGCUUCACCUUAUGUGGCAGAAAGAAAAAAGACAGGGUGAUCCGAGGCAAGCUUCGAAUCCGUUCCCUGCCUGGAGCCUUCCUGGUGCUGGGGGUCAUUGUAGUGGUUGUCGGAACUGCCCUGGCUGUGGCGGGUUACUGGCCCUACCGGAUAUCAAGAUCAUCCAUCCUGGGAGCAACAGACGGGGAAAGCAUCUCUGAGUCACAGACUUCAGGAUGGAGUCUGGGAGCUAAGGGUCUCCUGUCCAAAGCCAGCUUCAUCCACAAUGAACGGAUGAAGCUGUUGGGGCCUGUCAUCAUGGGGGUUGGACUUUUCAUCCUCAUAUGUGCCAACACGGUCCUGUAUGAGAACAGGGACAGAGAGACUAAGAUGCUGAAGGCCCAGAUGCAGAGUGUUAUCUGCUCUGUGUCUGCAGCUGUGCCCUCAGCCGACCUUCAAGAAAUAGCAGCAGUCAACUCGAUGGCGAAACAUUACCAGUGGGUGAGCAGUUUGCCAGCUGCCCAUCUCAACAUCCUCUGUCUGCAGCAGCUGGCCAGCUCUGAGCCCCUGCUCCAGACCAGACAUUCCAGAGAACUUGAGGACAGCGUGGAGGGCAUCUACCAGCAAGCUGUUCUCCAGACAGAAGCCCUCCACCACCAGGAAUCAGAGCCACCGCCUUCCCUCCAGUCUUCCCACUCCAACUCAUAUAAUUCCAGUGUGACACACUUAAAAAUACAGUCUGGUGCUGAGCAGAGAGGCAACUUCAAUGUGCCGGCUUCCCCACUUGUCAAGCUCAGCAAAUGCCUGGUGUCUGCCAGUUCCAUGUCCACCCUGGGGGUGGACGAGGUGGCUAUUCCAGCUGCCCAGCCGAGGCGUUGCCAUAGUAUGAGCUACAGGACUAACCCUCACAUAGCCCAAGCUGGUGUGCGCGUCCAGGAAGGUCUCAACACACCCAGAGAGGAGGGUCAAAUAAACCAGCCUGUAGCCUUGAGGAGAGAGGCUGGUUCACAGGUUUGUGUGAACAUCCUGGGACAUGUUGUUGAUGCUGUGGAGGAGCAGACUUACCAAAGCUGGCCUCGGUUAGACCUGUGUAUUGGCAGGCGAUACCUGAAGCUAGAGAACAAAGAGGACUCAGUAGACAAGCUGCUGGACCAGUUAGAGCAGCAGUGUUCACAGUGGGAUAGGAGCUUUGGCUCUGGACCUUUUCAGUGAUGGAAUAAUCAUAUUUUACCCU